ACCAACUGCAUGGAUACACAGAGCAGCCAGAACAGGAACAUGACCUCAGGGAAAUAUCUGUCCAGGUUUCUGUCCAACACGUCGUUUGAAGGUCUGAGUGGUUUCAUCUCGUCCCAGGAGGAGACAGUGAUCUCCUCUGAGAGCCAUCACUUCAUCUGGUCCCUGCAACAUGACCCCAUAGGGAAGCCCAUGUGGACCAGACUGGGCCGAUGGAAGCAUGACAGGGUGCUACUGGACUACACUGCCUGGACCAACAAACAGGCAUCCUAUCAGGGCGGGGACUGGAGGUACCUGUCGCGGCUCCAUCUGCGGGUGGUCACCCUGGUGGAGCACCCCUUCGUCUUCACCCGGGAGGUGGAUGAGGACGGUCUCUGUCCCGCUGGUCAGCUCUGCCUGAACCCACUCACCAACAACACAGCCCUGCUCCAGUCUCUCUUCCUCCAGAUGCGGGGGCCUAACGACAGCAUUCCCAUGGAGUAUAAGAAGUGUUGCUACGGCUACUGCGUCGAUCUACUGGAGAAACUGGCGGAGGACAUGGGGUUUGACUUCGACCUGUAUAUUGUAGGCGACGGCAAGUAUGGUGGGUUUACAAACGGACGCUGGACAGGGCUGGUGGGGGAUCUACUCAGCGGAGCGGCCCACCUAGCCGUCACAUCUUUCAGUAUCAACUCGGCCCGGAGCAGGGUUAUAGACUUCACCUCCCCGUUCUUCUCCACCUCUCUGGGCAUCCUGGUACGGACCCGGGAUACGGCCGCGCCCAUCGGGGCAUUCAUGUGGCCCCUGCACUGGUCCAUGUGGCUGGGGAUAUUCGUCUCGCUACACGUUACUGCCGUGUUCCUGACCAUCUACGAGUGGAACAGCCCGUUUGGGAUGACGCCGCGAGGCAGGAACAGAGAUAAGGUGUUCUCCUUCUCCUCGGCUCUGAACGUCUGCUAUGCCAUCCUGUUUGGCCGUACAGCUGCCAUUAAACCUCCUAAGUGCUGGACGGGGCGGUUCCUCAUGAAUCUCUGGGCUAUCUUCUGCCUGUUCUGUCUGUCCACCUACACAGCCAAUCUGGCCGCCGUCAUGGUGGGGGAGAAAACAUUCCAGCAACUCUCAGGAAUACACGAUCCAAAGCUUCAUCACCCAUCACAGGGUUUCCGCUUCGCCACGGUCCGGGAGAGCAGUGCCGAGGAUUACCUGAAGAAAAGCUUUCCAGAGAUGCACGAAUACAUGAGACGGUACAACGUACCAGCAACCCCAGAUGGAAUAGAACAUCUGAAGCAUGAUCCACAGCAACUGGAUGCUUUCAUCAUGGACAAGGCCUUACUAGACCACGAGGUGUCUAUAGAUGCAGAAUGCAAGACACUCACUGUGGGGAAACCAUUUGCAAUUGAAGGCUACGGCAUCGGCCUGCGCCAGAACUCCCACCUGACCUCUAAUAUCUCAGAGCUGGUGAGCCAGUACAAGUCUGACGGCUUCAUAGACAUGCUACAUGAUAAGUGGUACAAGGUGGUGCCCUGUGGGAAACGGAGCUUCGCAGUCACAGAGACCCUACAGAUGGGCAUUAAGCAUUUCUCAGGCCUGUUUUUGAUGCUGUGUGUCGGAUUGGGUCUGUCUCUCCUCACCACCCUGGCUGAACACAUAAUCUACCGCUUUGUCAUACCCAGAGUCAAGGAGCCCAAGUUCAAGUACUGGCUGCAUACUAGUCAGAGGUUACAUCGAGCAAUGAACUCAUCUUUCAAUGACGAUAAACUGCAGACUGUAGCCAAGACAGAAGAAAGGUGCAUCAUGGGUAACAACAAACAACUGCAGCCAUGUGUACCAUGGAACAGCUCCAACUGCAACAGGAGGAAGAUCCCACCUCAGGAAUCCCUGCUAAAUGUUCUGGAGUCUCCCCCCUGUGAUUGCUCUCCUCCUCCUCCCUCAGCCCCUCCACCUCCUUCCUCUCCUCCUUCUCCUCAGGUGAAGAGCCUGGUCCCCCGGCAGGCAACAUCUAACGGGAGGACAGACCAGGUGGGUCUGCAGGCCAGGACCAACCCCAUGCUGCAGGAGCUGUCAGAGCUGGAGACACACAUCACCAUCAUCAAACAACAGCUGCACAUCGCCAUGAUGAAGAAGAGGGAGCUGGAGCAACCAGGAGAAACACAUGACAGAGUAGAGACUGAUACCAGCAGAAACACAACAUGACAGAGUAGAGACUGAUACCAGCAGAAACACAACAUGACAGAGUAGAGACUGAUACCAGCAGAAACACAACAUGACAGAGUAGAGACUGGUACCAACA